GGCAGCAGAAUCCGCCGCGGCUCCUGCUUGCUCGCUCACUCGCUCGCGGUGCCCGCCGCCCGUCGCCCGACUCUGGGCAGCUCUCAGCUCCCGCACUUGGCCCAGCUAUCUGGAGCAGCUCGGGCUCCGGAGGACUGGACCGCGCAACUGGCUGGCUGAGCCCUGGGCGGGCCGCGGAAGCAGGGCCCCGAUGGCGCUCUUCGUGGCGGGCCUGGCUGCCUCCUUCCUCCUGCAAGCCACCCUCGCUCUGAACCCCGAGGACCCCAACGUGUGCAGCCACUGGGAGAGCUACGCCGUGACUGUCCAGGAGUCGUAUGCACACCCCUUCGAUCAGAUCUAUUACACGCGAUGCACAGAUAUCCUCAACUGGUUCAAGUGCACCCGGCACCGGAUCAGUUAUAAGACGGCCUAUCGGCGCGGCCUCCGCACCAUGUACCGGCGGAGGUCCCAGUGCUGCCCUGGCUACUACGAGAACGGAGACUUCUGCAUACCCCUGUGUACGGAGGAGUGCGUGCACGGCCGCUGUGUCUCCCCGGAUACCUGCCACUGUGAGCCUGGCUGGGGAGGGCCCGACUGUUCCAGCGGCUGCGACAGCGACCACUGGGGUCCCCACUGCAGCAACCGGUGCCAGUGCCAGAACGGCGCCCUGUGCAACCCCAUCACUGGCGCCUGCGUGUGUGCCGCCGGCUUCCGCGGGUGGCGCUGCGAGGAGCUCUGCGCGCCGGGCACCCACGGCAAGGGCUGCCAGCUGCCGUGCCAGUGCCGCCACGGGGCCAGCUGCGACCCUCGCACAGGGGAAUGCCUCUGCGCACCUGGCUACACAGGCGUCUACUGCGAGGAGCUGUGUCCCCCUGGGAGCCAUGGAGCUCACUGUGAGCUGCGCUGCCCCUGCCAGAACGGGGGCACCUGUCACCACAUCACUGGCGAGUGUGCCUGCCCUCCAGGUUGGACGGGAGCCGUGUGUGCCCAGCCCUGCCCACCAGGGACAUUUGGCCAGAACUGCAGCCAGGACUGCCCUUGCCACCACGGAGGGCAGUGUGACCCUGUGACUGGACAGUGCCACUGCACCGCUGGAUACAUGGGUGACAGGUGCCAAGAGGAGUGCCCCUUCGGGACCUUCGGCUUCCAGUGCUCGCAGCGCUGUGACUGCCACAACGGGGGCCAGUGUUCACCCAGCACAGGAGCCUGCGAGUGUGAACCCGGCUACAAGGGCCCGCGCUGCCAGGAGCGACUGUGCCCCGAGGGUCUGCACGGCCCAGGCUGCCUUUUGCCCUGCCCCUGUGACCCGGAGAACACCAUCAGUUGCCACCCCGUCACUGGAGCCUGUACCUGCCAGCCAGGCUGGUCUGGCCACCACUGCAAUGAGUCCUGCCCUGCUGGCUACUACGGCGAUGGCUGCCAGCUGCCUUGCACCUGUCAGAACGGUGCCGACUGCCACAGCGUCACUGGGAGCUGCACUUGUGCCCCAGGCUUCAUGGGAGAGGUGUGUGCAGUUCCCUGUGCGGCAGGGACCUAUGGCCCCAACUGCUCAUCCGUCUGUAGCUGUAACAAUGGUGGCACCUGCUCCCCGGUUGAUGGUUCCUGUACCUGCAGGGAAGGGUGGCAGGGUGUGGACUGCACCCUGCCGUGUCCCAGCGGGACCUGGGGCCUGAACUGCAAUGAGAGCUGCGCCUGUGCCCAUGGGGCAGCCUGCAGCCCCUCCGACGGCUCCUGCACCUGCACCCCGGGCUGGCUGGGGGACACCUGCGAGCUGCCCUGCCCCGAUGGCACAUUCGGGCUGAACUGCAGUGAACGCUGUGACUGCAGCCAUGCUGAUGGCUGUGAUCCAGUCACAGGCCACUGCUGCUGCCUGGCUGGAUGGACAGGCAUCCGCUGUGACAGCACAUGUCCACCCGGUCGCUGGGGUCCCAACUGCUCUGUCUCCUGCAGCUGUGAGAACGGGGGCUCCUGCUCUCCAGAGGACGGGAGCUGCGAAUGCGCACCUGGCUUCCGAGGACCCUUAUGCCAGAGAAUCUGCCCCCCUGGAUUCUAUGGCCACGGCUGCACCCAGCCUUGUCCCCUCUGCGUGCACAGCAGUGGGCCCUGCCACCACAUCAGUGGCCUCUGUGAGUGCCUCCCAGGAUUCUCCGGAGCCCUCUGCAACCAAGUAUGUGCUGGAGGGCACUUUGGGCAGGACUGUGCCCAGCUCUGCUCCUGUGCCAACAAUGGGACCUGCAGCCCCAUCGAUGGCUCCUGCCAGUGUUUUCCUGGAUGGAUUGGCAAGGACUGCUCACAAGCUUGCCCACCUGGGUUCUGGGGCUCUGCCUGCUUCCACACAUGCAGCUGCCACAACGGGGCCAGCUGCAGCGCUGAGGAUGGGGCCUGCCACUGCACUCCGGGCUGGACCGGACUCUUCUGCACACAGCGUUGCCCAGCAGCAUUUUUUGGGAAAGAUUGUGGGCGCGUUUGCCAGUGUCAGAAUGGCGCCAGCUGUGAUCACAUCAGCGGCAAGUGCACCUGCCGCACAGGCUUCACUGGGCAGCACUGUGAGCAGAGAUGUGCCCCAGGAACCUUUGGCUAUGGGUGUCAGCAGCUCUGUGAGUGUAUGAACAAUGCCACCUGUGACCACGUCACUGGCACCUGUUAUUGCAGCCCUGGAUUCAAAGGAAUCAGGUGUGACCAAGCUGCCCUCAUGAUGGAAGAGCUGAAUCCCUACACCAAGAUCAGUCCAGCUCUGGGUGCAGAGCGGCACUCAGUGGGUGCUGUCACAGGCAUUGUCCUCCUGUUGUUCCUCAUCGUGGUACUGCUGGGCUUGUUUGCCUGGCGCAGGCGGCGACAGAAAGAGAAGGGGCGGGACCUGGCUCCCCGUGUCUCCUACACACCUGCCAUGAGAAUGACCAGCACUGACUACUCCCUCUCAGAUUUGUCUCAAAGUAGCAGCCAUGCCCAGUGCUUUUCCAAUUCCAGCUACCACGCACUGGCGUGCGGGGGGCCUGCCACCAGCCAGGCCAGCACUCUGGACAGGAACAGCCCCACCAAGCUCAGUAACAAGUCCCUUGACAGAGACACAGCAGGCUGGACCCCCUACAGCUAUGUGAACGUGUUAGACUCCCAUUUCCAGAUCAGUGCCCUGGAGGCCAGGUACCCGCCCGAGGACUUCUACAUUGAACUUAGACACCUCAGCCACCACGCUGAGCCACACUCGCCAGGUGCUUGUGGAAUGGAUAGACGUCAGAACACAUACAUUAUGGACAAAGGCUUCAAAGAUUACAUGAAAGAAUCCGUAUGCAGUUCUAGUACCUGUUCCUUGAACAGCAGUGAAAACCCUUAUGCCACAAUUAAAGACCCACCCAUCCUCACCUGCAAGCUUCCAGAAAGCAGCUAUGUAGAAAUGAAGUCGCCUGUGCACAGGGGGUCUCCGUACACAGAUGUGCCAACCUUGUCGUCAUCUAAUAAAAAUAUAUAUGAAGUUGAGCCCACAGUCAGUGUGGUCCAAGAAGGCCGAGGUCAUAACUCCAGCUAUGUCCAGAAUCCAUACGACCUACCUAGGAACAGCCAUAUUCCUGGUCAUUAUGACCUUCUCCCAGUAAGACAGAGUCCUGCCAAUGGGCCCUCCCAGGACAAGCAGUCUUAAAGAGGGAUAAGCUUCUCUCUUACAGUGUUCUCUGCUGAAUAUUCUGACUCUCUGAAAGAAGACAAUCCCUUGACUUGAAAUAAUGGUACAGAUUGACUCCAGCUGCAUAUUAGUUCACCUGGAACUAAAGAAGAGCUUCCGAGUGGGACUGGGGUAACUAUUCAAGGAAGUCUGUUCACAAAGGCAAAUCCUGUCACCUACCCACCCCAGCCCCCAAUGCCCUGGAUUUUGAGAUUUUUAAAAAACAUUUAAGAUACCACUACUCACCAACCUCAACUAAAUACAGCAUAUAUAUAUAUAUAUAUAUAUAUUUUUUUUUUUUUUUUAAUAUUCUGAAAACACGAUGCUUAUAAAACAUGUAGAAUAGGUUUUGUAAACCUUCCUAGGAGGAAAAGGGGACUGCAGAGGGGAGAGGAUUACUUUAAAGCACCUGAAAUGUAUUGUAUUUUUGGCUGCUAUUUCCAUCAAUAUCUGUUUUUCUACCUGAGAUAAUUAGUACAUAGAUAUGAACUGUUCUAAUACCAUUCCUAAAGUACCUGUACAUAUAUGUCUGGUCCAUCAAGUCACAACAGUCAUGAUUACAGUAGUAUAUAAUCUGAUGCUGACAACUUCCAUUUUUAAAAACAAGACUUUAAUAAACACAAAUUAACUUUCUCUUUAUGGCCCUGUGAUAAUCGGCCAAAAAAAAAGGAAAGAAAGAAAAACAAAAAAAAUUUAGUUUCCAAAGUGCAGUUGUCUCUUUCAAUCUACAAUGAUCUCUAGGCCAGCUUUGCCAAAUUUUGCCAACUAAAAGUUCUGGAACAAUGCAAGUCAGUCCUGGCCUUGUCAUAUUGCCUUAGUUCAUGCAAUACCCAAGUUAUUCCAUGUGAAAUAGAGCACUGACAUUAUGCUUUGUGAGAUAAUGCUUUAAGUAAGUAGUCACAGACUGAUGAGAAUUAAAUAUCCUGGGCUGGGGUUGAGUUUAAUGAUAGAGCACUUACCUAGCAUGUGUGAGGCAAGGGGCUCAAACCUCCACACCACGUAAAAAUAAAGGUAUUGUGUCCAUCUACAACUAAAAAUAUUUUUUAAAAAAAUUAAGUAUACCUAAAAAUGGCUAUUUGGCUUUCCCAAUUUAGUUGGCACUCCUUGACUCACAAAAGUACUUGAUUUCAAGCAGUUAAAAAUCUUGAGUUUGCAGUAUAGAAUCUAAAAGGAAAUUAGAUAAAUGUGGACACAGCAAGUUUAUGUUGCUUAACAUACAUUAUGCUUUUUGAUGAAACUAAAUAAGAUAAAUGGACUAUAAGUCAUUUUAAUAUGAUGUAAAAACUUUUUAGUAAACAGAACAUGAAGCUAUGCAGUGCUUCUACCUUAAAAUCACAAACUACUGAGAUGGCCAAAUAUCUAUUCCAAUGAGUUAAUGCUCCAGAUCCCAGUGGUCAAAUGUGUCUAUAUCUUCCAUUAAUAAUGAAUAUAGGUAAAAGAAGGCUCAGAUAAUUUCAAUGGAACUAGCUUCUAAGCCCUACAGAGAACCUCUUUAUAAGAAUUCAAAACAGAAAAGGCAAACUGUGGUAGCUAAUGUUCACCCCUAUUCCAUUUCAUUCUCUGGUAGCUGUACAACCAGUAAAAAGGACUUCUAAAAAAAGGUAUAAAGAAAAGGAUCUAAAUGACUGCAAAGCUGGAAUAUGGCUACAGGUUGUGUGAGAGUUCUAAAACCCUUGAUAAAAAUUGGAAGUCUGCCGUAGAACCCAUUAGUUUGGGCAAUAAUCAGCAAAAGCAAGAAAAUAAACGAGUAAAUCCCCCUCCCCCCACUUCUCAAGGCAUAAACAAAUUUUAGUGUUAGAGGAAAAUAUAUAAUACUUACAUGAAUGCUGCAUGUGUGCAUGGGAGCGAGUGAUCAGCAAUAGAAAAUUCACUUUCCAAAAAAGCCUUAUUAAAAUAUAAAUACUAGAAAAUUACUUUGUAGACCCAAGUAAAUAUUUCUCAUACAUAUGUAAAGAAAUAAUAGAUGAGACUUACCUCAGUAUUUUAGGGCCACAAAGUGCUCAAUUAUCUUUGUCAAGCAAAGAUGAAGCAGCAUGGCAAAGUCAAAUCAGCAAGGAGAAACUUCAUCUCAAUUCCAGGUUUUAUCUUCUUCCCUUAUCCUGCAUGUGCAAUAACUGCUACCUGACAAACUGCAAAUAAGCAGCAUCACUCAAGUUUCAAGUUUCAUCUCUCUUCUGCAAACUGGCCCCUUGGCAAGUGUAUCCAGCAGGAGGUGAAAUGGCUAAAGCACUGAGUUGAGACUUCUGUAUUACUCUUGUCAAGUUACUUGCCUGUUUGGGCUCCUUUAUCCCCCAUGCAUAAAAAGUGAAGCAGCAGAGUGGGAAGGGAGCUCUACUAGCUCUUCAGCUCUAGCAUUCUAGACUUUUUAAGGCAAUGUAAUACAGCUCAAGUCAGGCAAUACAGAAAGCAAAAGGCAGAGGAUGUGAUUAAUCUAUGGUAACAACACCACCUUCACAUAUCUAGGAGUCACUGGUAAAAGACAUUUCAAUCUUACAGAGAAAAUGUUAGAAUAACUUCUGUCUAGCACUGUCACAAAUAGGUUCAGGGUCAGCCUAAGCAUGUGCACUGUACAUUGUAUUGGUGAUUUGGAAAGAUCUGUUCGAUUAUUUUUCAGAAACUCCAUUUUCAAUCAAAUAAAAUGAUAUGCAUACAAUUCAAAUAAAUAGGAAGAAACAAUUUAUUGUACAAUAGCAUAAAAGAUACUAUUAAAUGGCAAUACUUUUUUAAACCACAGAUUUGUAAUAUAUUUGUUCACUGUGCAAAGGGAUUGUACCUUGUACAAAAUAAAGUUAAUUUCUCACACUAA